AUGGUCAAAUCAUAUUUAAAAUUUGAGCACUCGAAAACUUUUGGCCUUGUUACUUCGUCUUCCUCCAAUGCGGUUUGGACGAAGAACGAAGAUGUCCUCAGUACCGAACGGCGCACAGGCGCAGGACGAGCUAUAGUCGGUGCAAACGAAGAGGUUCUCUGCUGGGAUGUUAAAAAGGGCGAAUUGUUAGGUCGCUGGCGGGACGCAGAUUGCCGUGCCCAAGUCACUGCCAUUACGCAAAGCAAAUCAGAUGAAGAUGUUUUUGCCGUUGGAUACGACGACGGAAGCAUUCGUCUCUGGGACUCGAGAAUAAAUACCGUGAUCAUAUCCUUUAACGGUCACCGAAACGCAAUCACACAGCUUGCCUUCGACCAGUCUGGUGUUCGGUUAGCCAGCGGUUCGAAGGACACGGAUAUAAUUGUAUGGGAUCUGAUUUCGGAGGUUGGACUAUAUAAGCUCAGGGGCCACACAGAUCAAAUCACUUCGUUGAACUUCCUAUCGCCAACAGAAGAGGCCAACACGGGUUUGACGGACCCGAGCGAAACGGGCGGCUUCCUCCUUUCCACUGGAAAAGACUCUCUUAUCAAGAUUUGGGACCUCUCUUCACGACACUGCAUUGAGACUCAUGUCGCCCAGAGCAAUGGCGAAUGUUGGAGCUUGGGUUUGUCGCCUGACCAGACAGGUUGCAUAACGGGUGGGAAUGAUGGCGAGUUGAAAGUUUGGUCGAUAGACGAACAGGCGAUGCUGGAAGUCGCCCGAGAGAAAGAGGGUUACGAGAACAAGAAAAUUCUUAUCGAACGAGGGAGUUUCUAUCGACAAAACAAAGAUCGAACAAUCGGUAUUACUUUCCAUCCUCGCGCAGACUACAUCGGUAUUCAUGGAGCAGAAAAAGCUGUGGAAAUAUGGCGGAUUCGGUCGGCAACUGAGGUACAAAAGAGUAUUGCAAGAAAGCGAAGAAGAAAGAAGGACAAGGAGAACGCAAACGGCGAUAAUGUUGAGGACAAGCAUGAUGAGACGGACGACAAUACAUCACCACCAAUUACCGAAGUAUUUGUACCGCAUGUGACCGUGCGGACUACCGGAAAGCUCAAGUCCUUUGCUUGGAUACCAACAAAGCCGUCUGGCAAUUUACAGAUCCUAACGGCAACUACCAAUAAUGAGAUUGAGUCUUAUCGCGUUGUGGCAGCUGGGAAGAAGAAGGCUAAAGAUGCCGAGGAAAUCGAGUACAGUCGCAAUUUCGCCAUCGACUUACCCGGACAUAGGACUGAUAUACGGUCUUUGGCCCUCAGCUCAGACGACAGGAUGUUAGCGUCGGCAUCUAACGGUAGCUUGAAGAUCUGGAAUAUACGAACACAGAGCUGCCUGCGAACUCUUGAUUGCGGUUAUUCUCUAUGCUCGUCUUUCCUACCUGGUGAUAAGAUUGUCGUAACUGGGAACAAGAAUGGAGAACUAGAGGUGUUUGAUAUUGCCUCCUCGACACUCCUCGACUCUAUAAAGGCACAUGAGGGACCAGUGUGGACGUUACAAGUUCAUCCCGAUGGAAAAUCCAUGGUGACUGGCAGUGCAGAUAAGACUGUCAAGUUUUGGAACUUCCAAGUCGUGCAGGAAGAAAUUCCGGGCACGAAAAGAACAACACCGAAACUGAAACUCGUACAUAAUCGGACAUUAAAAGUGUCAGAUGACGUUCUCAGUGUGCGAUUUUCGCCGGACUCCAAGCUUCUUGCAGUUGCGCUACUCGACAAUACUGUUAAGGUGUUUUUCGUUGACACGCUGAAGCUAUUCUUGAAUCUUUAUGGCCAUAAGUUACCUGUUCUCAGCAUGGAUAUUUCAUACGACAGCAAAAUGAUCGUCACAUGCUCUGCUGAUAAGAACGUUCGCCUUUGGGGCUUGGACUUUGGUGAUUGCCAUAAAGCUUUCUUUGCGCAUCAGGACAGCAUAAUGGCGGUUGCUUUUAUGCCAAAUAAUAACGAAGGAAACGGGCACCACUUCUUCAGUGCCAGUAAAGAUCGUCUGAUCAAAUAUUGGGAUGGUGACAAAUUUGAGCAAAUUCAAAAGCUUGAAGGCCACCAUGGAGAGAUAUGGGCGCUUGCUAUGAGCCAUUCAGGAGAGUUUCUUGUCAGCGCCAGUCAUGACAAGAGCAUUCGCAUAUGGGAUCAAACAGACGAACAGAUCUUCUUGGAAGAAGAGCGUGAGAAAGAGUUAGAAGAGCUAUAUGAGAAUACCCUCACUACCUCCCUUGAAGACGAGGAGAACGGGGAAGAGAAAGCCGAAGCGGUCGACGCUAACAAACAGACGGUCGUCACACUCAUGGCCGGUGAGAGAAUUAUUGAAGCGCUCGAUAUGGGCAUGGAAGAUCUGGAGGUUAUGCGACAAUGGCGGGAUACCAAAGCAAGAAACCCAAAUGCAGCACCGCCACAGAGAAACCCCGUUUACAUGGCUUUGGGAAAUGUAACAGCAGAACGACAUUUACUCAACAUCGUGCAAAAGAUACCCGCUGCCUCACUUCAGGAUGCCUUGCUAGUGCUUCCUUUCUCUAAGCUCGAAGCUCUCUUCACCUUCCUUGAAAUAUGGGCCAGUCGUCAGUGGGAAAUUCCAUUGACCUGUCGAAUACUAUUCUUCAUGCUCAAGACACAUCAUCGCCAGAUUGUCUCGAGUAGAUUCAUGCGCCCGAUGCUUGAUCGCAUUCGGUCUACACUUCGGGAGGUAUUGGCGAAACAAAAGGAUGAGAUGGGCUUCAAUCUUGCUGCUUUGCAUUUUAUUGGCGGUCAGAUCCGUGAGCAGGGAAACAAGAGUUAUAUUGAUGUUGAUAAGUGGGAAGAUAAGCAGAUUUCAACAACUUCUACUGGUAUCAAGAGAGGUUAUGUGAGUAUUGCUUGA